GGAGAAACUGUGAAGAAAAUGAGGGAAGAGAGUGGAGCUCGAAUUAACAUUUCAGAAGGGAACUGUCCAGAAAGGAUUGUUACAAUAACUGGACCAACAGAUGCUAUAUUUAAGGCCUUUGCUAUGAUUGCUUAUAAAUUUGAAGAGGAUAUCAUAAAUUCAAUGAGUAACAGCACUGCAACCAGCAAACCACCUGUCACUUUAAGGCUUGUGGUACCGGCAAGCCAGUGUGGCUCUUUGAUCGGAAAAGGUGGAUCCAAGAUCAAAGAGAUCAGAGAGUCUACAGGUGCUCAAGUGCAGGUAGCAGGAGAUAUGCUGCCUAACUCCACAGAGAGGGCAGUAACCAUUUCGGGCACCCCUGAUGCCAUUAUCCAGUGUGUCAAGCAAAUAUGUGUGGUGAUGCUGGAG